UUUGUUGUAUCACAGGUACAGGAGUGGCUGUGCUUAAACUGCCAGACCCAAAGGGCAAUGUCAGGACAACUUGGGGACAUGGGCAAGGUGCCACUUCCGAAAACAGGCCCUUCACAACCAGUAUCCAAACCACCUGCUACUCCUCAAAAACAGCCUAUGCCUGCUGUCUCACAUUCCUCUCAGAAGACUUCCACACCGCCUACUCCAGCAGCAGCAAAACCGAAAGAAGAACCAGGCGUUCAGAAGGAAGUUCCAAAACUUCAGCAGGGGAGACUGGAAAAAAUAUUGUCAGCUGAUAAAAUCCAACAAGGAAUUCAAAAAGAAGAUGCAAAACUUAAGCAGGGAAAACUUGUCAAGACACCUUCAGCUGAUAAAAUCCAACGUGUUUCUCAGAAGGAAGACCCAAGACUCCAGCAAACAAAACUGACAAAGACAGCCUCAUCUGAUAAAAUUUUGCAUGGAGUUCAGAAGGAAGACAUAAAACUUCAAGAGGCAAAAUUGGCAAAGAUACCCUCAGCUGACAAAAUUUUACAUGGAAUUCAGAAGGAAGACCCAAAACUCCAACAGAUGAAAAUGGCAAAGGCACUAUCAGCUGACAAAAUCCAGCCUGCAGCUCAGAAGGAAGAUGCACAACUUCAGGAGGUCAAAUUGUCAAAAGCAGUUUCAGUUGAUAAAAUCCAACAUGGAAUUCAGAAAGAAGAUCCAAAACUUCAACAUGAGAAAAUCACGAAAACUUCGUCAGUGGAGAAAAUCCAACAGGAAGCUCAAAAAGAAGAAUCAAAACUUCAGCAAGAGAAACUGUCAAAGACACUUUCAGCAGAUAAAAUUCCUGCAACAGUAAGUUCAGACCAGAAGAAACCCCUAAGCACAUUGGAAGAAAAUAAAAAACCUGUGCUCCCUGAAGAGCGCGCACCACAUCCAGAGGACAAAAAAGAACAAAUUACAGCUGAGACUAAAGACCAUGUUGCUGAACAGAAAGCAGAAGUUGAAGCACCUUAUAAGGGACUGCAAGCUAAGAAGCAAGAGGAUGUUAAGAAAGAGGGCUUGACAACUGGGAUUUCACAAAUGGUUUUGAAAGCUGAAAAAGCUCAGGAAGAAGAAAUUCCUGUUCAAACAGCACCUUUGCCAGGAACUGACCAUGUGGAAGCAGUAAGAGAAAAAAUAGAAAAGGAGGAUGACAAAUCAGACACAUCAAGCUCUCAGCAACAGAAAAGUCCACAAGGUUUGAGUGACACCGGGUAUUCUUCUGAUGGGAUAUCAAGUUCACUUGGUGAAAUUCCAAGUCAUAUCCCCAGUGAUGAAAAGGAUUUACUCAGAGAAUCUAAUAAAAAAGACACUAUUUCACAAGAAAGUCCACCAAGCCCUUCAGAUCUAGCUAAAUUGGAAAGCACUGUACUGUCUAUUUUGGAAGCUCAGGCAAGCACGCUUUCUGAUGAAAAAUCUGCGAAAAGCAAAGACCUUUAUGAAACAUACGGUGAACAGACAAAGGAUCAACAAAAAACAAAGCCUUUGCCAGUCACUCCAGAGUCUUACAGUUCAGAUGAGGAAGACAUAGAAGCUAUUCAAGAAGGUGAAGGAACCAUUGUAGAAGAUGGCAAAGGAAGUGCUUCCUCCCGGGCAGACUACAAGGAAGAAGAUGAAGGAGAUGACAUAUCGGCAAGAAGACAACGCUAUGAUUCUGUGGAAGACAGCAGUGAGAGUGAAAACUCACCUGUCCCAAGGAGAAAAAGAAGAGCUAGUGUUGGUUCUUCAAGCAGUGAUGAGUACAAACGAGACGACAGUCAGGGAUCAGGUGAUGAGGAAGACUUCAUUAGAAAACAGAUUAUAGAGAUGAGUGCUGAUGAAGACGCCUCAGGUUCUGAAGAUGAUGAAUUCAUCAGAAAUCAACUCAAAGAGAUCAGUGUAACUGAAAGCCAAAAGAAAGAAGAAGUGAAAAGCAAAGCCAAAGGAACAGCUGGAAAACAUAGAAGAAUGGCACGGAAAAGUAGUGCAGGCUAUGAUGAGGAUGCAGGAAGAAGACAUUCAUGGCAUGAUGAUGAUGAUGAGACUUUUGAUGAAAGCCCAGAGCCAAAAUACAGAGAAACUAAAAGUCAAGAUGGUGAAGAACUUGCAGUAACAGGAGGAGGAGGCCUUCGGCGUUUCAAAACAAUAGAAUUAAAUAGUACAAUAACAAACAAAUAUUCUGAAGCAUCUGAACAGCAGAAAGGUAUUUUAUAUUUUGAUGAAGAGCCUGAGCUAGAGAUGGAGAGUCUUACAGAUUCACCAGAAGAUAGAUCUAGAGGAGAAGGGUCUUCUAGUUUACAUGCUUCUAGUUUCACACCAGGUACAUCUCCUACUUCAGUGUCAUCACUUGAUGAAGAUAGUGACAGCAGUCCUAGUCACAAAAAAAUGGGAGGGGAGAGCAAACAACAGCGCAAAGCCAGACAUCGGUCGCAUGGUCCUCUUCUUCCAACUAUUGAAGAUUCUUCAGAAGAAGAAGAACUACGGGAAGAGGAAGAACUGCUAAAGGAACAAGAGAAACAGCGUGAAUUAGAACAGCAACAAAGAAAAAGUUCUAGCAAAAAAUCUAAAAAGGACAAGGAAGAACUAAGAGCUCAGAGAAGAAGGGAACAUCCAAAGACUCCACCAAGUAAUCUUUCUCCCAUUGAAGAUGCAUCUCCAACAGAAGAAUUACGACAGGCAGCAGAAAUGGAAGAGCUGCACAGAUCUUCCUGUUCUGAAUAUUCACCUAGUAUUGAGUCAGAUCCUGAAGGAUUUGAAAUCAGCCCAGAAAAAAUAAUAGAAGUACAAAAAGUUUACAAAUUGCCUACUGCUGUCUCUCUAUACUCACCAACAGAUGAACAACAAAUUGGACUCCCAAAAGAAGAAAGUGGUCAAAAGACAUUGAAAAGUGCCGAAGAGGUAUAUGAGGAGAUGAUGCAUAAGACCCAUAAGUCCAAGUCAUUUCAAAUUGCAAAUGAAAAAGAUGAAGUAUUUGAAAAAGAAUCUUUAUAUGGUGGAAUGCUAAUAGAGGAUUAUAUUUAUGAAUCUUUAGUAGAGGAUACUUACAAUGGAACUAUUGAUACUAAUCUUGUAAUGAGACAAGAUGAGAGCAAUGAAUAUAUACAACAGAGAGGAAAAGAGAAAAAAAUAAGAGCUUCAGAACAGAUCUAUGAAGAAGCACAGAAAAUUACUGAUCUACAGAAAGACUACUAUAGUGUUGAGACUUUACAUUCUAUUGUGCCUCAAGAAGAUAUUGUUUCUAGUUCUUACAUUAUCCCAGAAAGUCAUGAAAUUGUUGUAUUAGACAGCACAGUAGCUUCCACCACUGAGGAAAAGCAGUUGUUAGAUGCAGAAGCUGCUUAUGAAGAGCUUAUGAAAAGACAGAGAAUGCAGCUAACCCCCGGGUCCAGUCCAACACAACCAACUUCAGGUUUCGUUCCCAUAUCUGAUACAAAGGUAUCUAGUGUUGGAGAAAUAGUGGAUAGUACAUCUUUAACAUCAAGCACUACUUCAGCUAUCUCAGAUGUAUCACCUGUCAGUAGCACAGCACUUUCUAUUCCAGAUGUUAAAAUAACACAGCAUUUUACAGCAGAGGAAAUUGAAGAUGAAUACUUAACAGAUUAUGCCAGAGAAAUUCAAGAAAUAAUUUCUCAUGAAACAUCAAUGUUGACAUACUCUGAGACAUCAGAAGGUGCUGCAUCAGUUUUACCUUCUGAUACAGCUUCCUUAACAUCAUCUACAUCUUCAGUUUGUACCACAGAUAGUUCAUCACCUAUAGAUAGUGCAACCCCAGGUUAUGUAGAAACAGCAGAUGCUGUAAGUAAACUAGCAGAUUCUGAAGGUGUCAGGAUAAUAACCCAAGUUCCCUUAACAUCGACAAGAGAGUACUCUGAAGUGAGCAUGCCUUAUGAAUCUAUUGCUGAAGCCACUAAAAAGCCAUCUAUAGCAUCAGAUGUGGAAAGUGUGGACCAAGCUGCAGUUUGUUUACCUGAAACUGCACCCUCAGUAGUGGCAACUACAGUUAUAAAACCCAAGCAAUAUGCAACUGAUAUCAUUACCUUUGAUACCUCCAAAGCAGAAAAGGAAGCAGCUAGAAAAAUGAAAAGUACAGCAGAGGCUGGCAUUGUCAAAAUUCAUCAUGAAGAUUCACACAAAGAAUUGGAUGUUGAUAUGACAAGGAUUAAUUUGACUAGUGCUACAUCUGAGCAACCACCUGUAUGUAUAGCAUCAGAACCAGUUACAGAGCCUGCAUCAGAGAAAUCUUCUGUACCCACCCCCAGUGUUGUAAGAAAGACCAGCAUGGUCUCUGUGCCUUCCUCAGCUCCUGCUGUAACAUCCAAAGUAUUCUCGCUUUUUAGAAGCUCUUCUUUGGAUUCUUCUGCACAACCUUCUCCACCCCCACCUCCUCCUCCUCCACCACCUCCUCCACCGCCAUUACCUCCACCUAUUUUACCCAAGCCAGCCAUUUAUCCCAAAAAGAAGUCACAGGUUAAGACUCCAGCAGCAACAGCUCCCACAGGGGUACCUUCAGUCACAAGGGUUCCAACACUAGAGUCCACAGCUGUAUUAAAGAAUCAUGUGGUACCUAUCACAAAAACAUACACCCCAACACCACCUCCUGUACCACCCAAACCAUCCUCCAUUCCAGCAGGGCUUGUUUUCAGUCACAGGCCUGCUGAAGUAACUAAACCUCCAAUUGCUCCUAAACCAGCAGUUCCUCCGCUCCCAAUAGCUGUUUAUAAGCCAGCAGAAACACAGCCCAAACCAAUAGGUUUGUCAUUGACUUCAAGUAUGACUCUGAAUUUGGUCUCUGCAGCUGAAUACAAAAUAGCUUCUCCCACUUCCCCUUUGUCUCCACACUCUAACAAAUCUUCACCAAGGUUGACAAAACCCUCACAGGAAACCUAUGUUGUCAUCACACUGCCAUCUGAGCCUGGAACUCCCACAGAAGCUAUAACUAGUCAGGCUGUUACCAGCUGGCCUUUAGAAGAACCUUCUAAAGAACAGAUUUCCCAGCCUAUACAACCAAUUUUUACUCCAUCCAUGAAAACUAUGGAAAUUCAAAGUAUGGCAGAUCAGAGUAUGUAUAUUUCAGGUGCUUUGCAAGCUAUUCCUGUCACAACACAGGCAACUUUUGAAAAAAUACCUAGUUCAAAAUCAGAAGUAGUAACAACAGAGCUAACCAAGACCACAGUGUCUGUGGUUAAGGGCCCAGUGCCCGGUUUUGGUUUAGGUAGUGUCGCUAUUACUAUACCUCCAGAGCCACUACAUAUAGUAGAUCAACCCAGGUAUAGAGAGAACGGAAGAUUCCAUCCUUUGGGUGAUGUCAUAGAUCUUCGCACUUUAACUAAGAUGGAUAUUGAAAUGAGAGACAGCUGUAUGGAUCUGUCUGCUGUUUCCAUGGACGUGAGAAGGCAAAUGCCAGCAAGUGAUACAUGUGGGCGGCCAGUAAGUACUGUCCAGCCAGCUAUAAUAAAUCUUAGCACUGCAUGUGUUGCCGAUCCUUCUCUGUCUGUAGUCACUGAGACAGUAACUGUAAUGACCUGCACCGCCACUGUAAGCUACACUGCCAGUAUGGACAGCCUUGUGGAUCUGGGACAUGCGAUGACAACGCCGCUUCAGCUAACAACAUCAAAACAUUUUGAGCCUGCAUACAGAGUAACAGGCAGCCAGGCAUUCUCUGCAGGUAGAGAUGAAGUGCCAAUAAAUUUAUCCCUAGGUACUUCAACACAUGCAGUGACAUGGGCUACUACAAAGCCUGUUACUGUACCUCCUGUUGGUGUUACAAAUGGCUGGACUGAUCUCUCCACUUCUCAGGAGCCGCUGGAGAGUGGAGCAGUUGACCUCAGCACUACAAAAUCCCACAGGACAGUAGUAACAAUGGAUGAAACUACUUCAGGUGUCAUAACAACAGUAAUAGAAGAUGAUGAAAAGCCUGUGGAUCUGACUGCAGGGAGAAGAGCUGUCUGCUGUGAUAUGGUUUAUAAAUUGCCAUUUGGUAGGAGCUGUACAGCACAGCAGCCGCCAACUACACUUCCUGAAGAUCGCUUUGGUUACAGAGAUGACCAUUAUCAGUAUGAUCGUUCAGGGUCAUAUGGCUACCGAGGAAUGGGAGGUAUGAAACCAUCUAUGUCUGACACAAACUUAUCGGAAGCUGGACUGUUUGCAUACAAAAGCAAGAAUAGCUUUGAUUAUCGAGUUGGGGCAACUGAUGCAGCAGUAGAUCUUACUUCUGGAAGAGUUACUACAGGUGAGGUUAUGGAUUACUCAAGCAAGACUACUGGUCCUUAUCCAGAGACUCGGCAGGUGAUUUCUGGCAUCGGGCUCAGUACACCACAGUAUUCCCAAGCAAGAAUGGUAUCAUCUCUGGGUUCCCAGUUGGGCAUUGGAAGUGUUUUAAGAUCAUCCAAUGGUGUUGUUUAUUCUUCAGUAGCGACUCCAAUCCCAUCCACAUUUGCCAUCACUACACAACCCGGUUCUAUUUUCAGUACAACUGUCAGAGAUUUACCUACUCUCCAAACAAUUGACUCAGUGCCCUCUUUAUCAACUUUGCAACAGAAUCAACCGCUCCCAAGAUCAUACAGUUUCUUGACAACAGUGGCAGCUGAAAAAGAUAGUGCAAUUACUGCCAUUGAUAUGGAGACAGGGUUACCACCUCUUACUAUAGAAACUAUUACCACUGAGCCAACCAACUUGAUACCUGCUUUAACUACAGCAUCUGAAGUUUAUACAGAUGUAAUCGAAGAUGAGGUUGCCCUUCUCAUUGCCCCUGAAGAAGGCAAACAGCAGCAGCUUGAUUUGGAACGUGAACUUCUUGAGCUUGAGAAAAUUAAGCAGCAGCGCUUUGCAGAAGAGCUGGAAUGGGAACGUCAGGAAAUUCAAAGAUUUAGGGAACAAGAGAAGUUUAUGGUGCAAAAAAAGCUUGAGGAGUUGCAAUCCAUGAAACAUCAUCUCUUAUUUCAGCAAGAGGAGGAACGACAAGCUCAGUUUAUGAUGAGGCAAGAGACAUUAGCCCAGCAGCAGUUGCAGCUUGAACAAUUCCAACAACUUCAACAACAGCUCCACCAACAGUUAGAGGAGCAAAAAAUUCGUCAAAUAUAUCAGUAUGGUUAUGACCCGUCAGGAAAUGGCUCACCACAAACUACCACAGAUCAAACACUUUUGGAAGGACAGUAUGCAACCACAGAAAAUGGCCAGUUUUGGCCUACUGAUGAUGCAACCACUACGGCUUCAGGAGUACUGGGUAUCGAAAUUCCACAAAGCCAAACAUGGUAUACAGUUCAGUCUGAUGGCAUUACCCAAUACAUACCUAGGUCUGGUAUCCUAAGCUCUGUUUCAGAAAUGUCUCUUAAGGAUAUUGAUGUUAGAGAGGAGAAGCAAUUGAAAAAGAGAAGUUCUAUGCCAAAAUUACGUGGUCCAUAUGAGGAGCUUGAGGAAACCGUGGAAGAAGAGCCCCGGUGCUUCAAAAAGAUAGUGGACAGUGGAGUGCAAACUGACGAUGAAGACGGAGCAGACAGAGGUUACACAAACAGGAGACGGAGAACUAAGAAGAGUGUUGAUACGAGUGUUCAGACAGAUGAUGAAGAUCAAGAUGAAUGUGAUCUUUCGAGCACAUCCAGAAGGAAGCCUCGUGUAGUGAAAUACAGUGAGAGUACCACUGAGGCAGACAAAGCUAAACAAUUCUCCAAAGUAUCUAGUAUUGCAGUUCAGACAGUAGCAGAGAUUUCAGUACAAACAGAACCUGUAGGAACAAUAAGAACACCUUCAGUCAGGGCCCGAUUGGAUGCUAAGGUUGAAAUCAUAAAGCACAUUUCAGCUCCAGAAAAGACAUAUAAAGGAGAAAGUUUGGGAUGUCAAACAGAGACAGAGUCAGAUACUCAAAGUCCCCAAUAUCUGUCAGCUUCAUCUCCUCAGAAAGAUAAAAAACGCCCAACACCAUUAGAGAUAGGAUACUCAUCCCACCUUCGUCCAGACUCCACAUUGCAGGUAGUCCCUUCCCCUCCCAAAUCUCCCAAAGUUCUCUAUUCACCCAUUUCACCUGUUUCACCAAGCAAAGUUAUAGAGUCAGCAUUUGUACCCUAUGAAAAACCCAUCACUGAUGACAUCAGCCCUCAGAAGAUGCUGCAUGCUGACAUUGCCAAGGUUCCUCCAUCAAGCCCAAAGGCGGCAAAGAUGAUGCAACGCUCUAUGUCUGAUCCUAAGCCCCUGAGUCCCACAGCAGAAGACAGUUCCAGAGCUCAGUUUCAGUACACUGAGGGUUUCAUG